AUGGCCACAAUAACGAGCACGAUUGUUGGAGCGAAGGUAACACUUACUUUUGAAAUGUUUCCUCUGUGCACUAUAGGUGAGGUGAAGCAGAAGAUUACUGAGCGAACGAAUUUGAAUAGGAACAGGCUAACUCUUAGGGGUGGCCAUAAUCUUGAAGAGUUGGAGGAUUAUCGCACACUCGAAGAGUGUCGAUACAGAGGAGAGGCAACCAUUCAUCUUGAUGUUAGCCCCUUAUCUGGAAAUCCAGAGUUCGACAUUGCGGUUGGGCUUCCAAAUAAUGAUUGGAAGGCAAUGAAAGUGAGAGAGACAAUCACAGUGGCCGAAUUGAAGGACAAAAUCAUGGAGCGCUGGGGCAUUCCAACCUGUAGAAUGACCCUGACUCGCCUUGACACAACAAUGGAGGAAGAUUCUUCCUCCUUAAUUGAUUACUAUAUUUCAUUGAUGGGUGUCAUCAGAGUUGCAGAACAUGAAACCAAGGAAGUUGUAGAAAGCGAGGAGGGAGGUGAGACCUAG